AUGUCAGCCCCACUCCCUGACUCUGGGAUCGACGCGCAGGACGCGCCUCCCCCUUACGAUGCCGUGUCCAGCCCGGGAGCGCCGGCAGACCUGCCACCAGAAAAGGCACCACUGCCAGACGACGUCAAGGAUGAAGCUGACUCAGCGCUCGGUUCAGUGCCUCCCCCGCCGUUCACGGUCACUCCCGGCACGCUCAUCCUGGAUCCCGACGCCGUGGUCAUACGAGGCGCCGUCGCGGGAGGCAGGCCGCUUUACCAGCUGUCGAGGCCGCUCAACGGCCACGCCAUGUCGGUCACCCUGAUGCAUGUAGACCAGUAUCGGGCUAUGAAUGAUGAUGACACCAUGCGGACGACAGUGGAACAAGACAAUCUCUACCGGAUCUACGCGCAUCGCGACCUGGCCAACAUGAAUGCACAAGUAGCAGAAGUCAGUGCGCAGAAAGCGAGACAGUUCCACGGCGUCCGUCUGAAGAAGGGAAGCUCCGUUGGCCUGACUGGCGUGAAGGAAUUCUUCGAGGCAACCUGGGGUGAUGAUCUCAACAGGAAAACCGUAUACCAAGCGCGGCAGAAGAAGGGGGUUCUUGACUGGCGAGAUGGCACAGAUAGGCUUGUUGCUGUUGACAACCUGGCAAUUCCCCGGAGAUCCCAGGCGGAGAGCCUCGACAUCCUUGUCUCCCUGGACAAGAGGAACCUGGAUUUCAUCGUGGCUCUGUGGGUGGCUCGGAUAUGGCACGACACCCAGGCCGAGGGGCAGAAAGAGGACAAACAAGACGCCAAGCGGCGCAAGGCCGAGCAGAAACAGCUUGACAAAGAGGAAGGCAGGCCGCAUGGGCCGGUCCAUGACAUGAAGGAAGCCUUGGGGAUCGGAUAUGGAGUGAAGGGUCCAUCUAAUGGCCUUUAUCCAGGAGGCAUGCCUGGCACCGACCAGAGCGGGCAGAUCAACUGGGGCGGGUCGAAGGGGUGA